CACUCUUGGUCUGAGAAGGUUAGACACCUUAUAAAACUACAAAUUCCAGGAUUUUAUAGCACUGGGCUGUCAUGGAACCCAGUUACAGGGCUUUGGUAAUUCAGCCCUGUAACUGGGAGUCAUAACAUAAACAAUCCCAGGAGCACCUGGCAGAAGAAGAUAGAAUAUGCCUGGGAACCUGGGGCCGAAAGUAUAAACAAUUAUAAUUGGUCUAGUGUGUGAAAAUAGUAGUAAUGUGAUAUUGGGGGUGGGACUUGAUGAUGAUAUUUACGUGUGGUGUUACGUAGCAUCAAAAGUUAUAAAAAUAGUUGUAUGUAAACAUUGGGUCAUUCCUGACUUUUCCAAAGUCAUGUGUUCUUCAAUAAAGAUUGGAUUUGAGAGCAGCCAUCUCUGAUCUGUGUUCAGACUGAUCCUUUGAAGUGAGCAGGACAAUUAAGUCAGGAAUCCCAGUUCUCACCCUCCUGCAAAUUUGCAGUGAAGAGAUAAUGAGCAGGGAAGGAGAUCAAAGCCAUGACGGAGCAAAGGGGCCUCCGCUGGGAGCUCUGCCGUUGGCAGAAGAGACAUUGCAAGCCAUAGCUUCCUCUACGGGGUACCCCAAGCCGGACGGCGUGACCCAGAGGAUUCCCAGAGGGGGAAGAGGCGUUCCGGCGGCGGCAGAAACCAGUUGGGGAUCUGGAGGAAGCAUGCCGGAGACCGUGGCCCAGCGGUUAUCCAUCCUGGAAACUCAUUUAUCCAGGCUGUCGGAUACCGUGGGGAGAAUAGUGCCAAUAUUGGAAGAGAAUCUCCAAAAAGAGCACAUCCGAUAUGGCGCCGAGAGAGAGCCAAGCAAAGGAGGCGAUUGGAGCCAGAGGGGACAGCGAGCUUCAACGCAGAGUCCCGCGGCGGCAAGGGACGAGGGAGACGAGGAAUAUUGGCAAGAGCUGGAGUUCCGGGACAGAAUGGCGCGCGAAGUGGAGCGCCAGCAAGCUCUGGGAACUCUGAGGCCGCCAACCCCAACAGAGCUCCCAACCCCCCGAAUGGGCAUCGGAGUAGAAAGACCACUGGGGCCAGGGAUCGGGUCCAGUGGAUUAGCUGACGAAGGCGGAGAGGAGCAGGAGAUCCAGGAAGAGGAGGAGGAUGUGCCGUACGACGGGGAAAGGCGAGAUGCGGGGGCUACAGCGAGGCCAGUAUGCGGAUGGGGGGAAGGGCCGACAGCGGCGGCAGGAUUUCGGGAGCCGCGCAGAAUGACCACCGGAGUGGGGCGCGGCGUGAUCCAAGGAAACCCGAUGCAACCCUUCCCCAUGCCUCCCAGACAGCAUCAACGGGCCGCUGAAUGGAUGCCAAGAAGGGAAGAUCUCAAGCUAGAAUACGGAGGGGAAUCAGCCGAACUGAACUUUUUUCUAAUUAGCAUCAGGGGAUAUAUGGAAGACAAUGCACACACAUUCCCCUCCGAAGCAAGCAGGGUUCGGGCCAUCGGCAACACACUAAAGAGAGGAGCGGCCAGCUGGUAUGUGCAACUACAUGCCAGACAGGACCCAUGCCUGAGGUCAGUGCCCCGCUUCCUCGCCGCACUGGAAAACCGGUUCAGAGACCGGCUAGAGCAAUUGAGAGCUCGAGACCAGCUUAGAGGAAUAAAGCAGAGGGACAAAACGGUGCCCGAGUACGCAGAAGAAUUCCUCCACCUCGCGGAAAGGGUACCAGAGUGGUCUGAAGUGACCAAAGUGGAAUUAUUUAAAGAGGGACUACGCCCCGAGAUUUUCAGCUGGGCAGCGCACAGAGAUGACCCCGAAACGCUCCAGGGAUGGAUUCAACUAGCGGGGCGCGUUGAAUCCACCCUGGCCCAAGUAAAGCGCUUCAGGAGCAGCGGCGGCCAGCAAAGACCGGUGGCGAGAGGUCGAGGAGAAACGAGGAAGCAGGAAAGACCUGGAGGGAGGCCGGGGAUUCCCUCCAGAGGAGACGACAACAAACCUAAACCGGGAUGCUUUGUAUGUGGGAAGACGGGCCAUCGAGCAGCAGAAUGCUGGGCACGGAAGGGGGAGCCGCCAAAACCCUCAAAGCCCAAGCCAGCAACCGGGAGGCGUGCGGAGGAGGAGGUGCAAGCCCCAGAAUCUCCAGAAAAAUUGGCUUGUGAUGAAAGAAGAACCGAAGAGGAGGACGAAGAAAAGGAGGGCACCAUGUCAUGGAACCCAGUUACAGGGCUUUGGUAAUUCAGCCCUGUAACUGGGAGUCAUAACAUAAACAAUCCCAGGAGCACCUGGCAGAAGAAGAUAGAAUAUGCCUGGGAACCUGGGGCCGAAAGUAUAAACAAUUAUAAUUGGUCUAGUGUGUGAAAAUGGUAGUAAUGUGAUAUUGGGGGUGGGACUUGAUGAUGAUAUUUACGUGUGGUGUUACGUAGCAUCAAAAGUUAUAAAAAUAGUUGUAUGUAAACAUUGGGUCAUUCCUGACUUUUCCAAAGUCAUGUGUUCUUCAAUAAAGAUUGGAUUUGAGAGCAGCCAUC